AAUUCCGUCGUGAUUCGUAUCCAAUUUGUUUGAGCCCUUAACCCUAAUUUCGAUUUCGACGAUCCUCUCUCUGAUGGCGAAUGACAAGCAGAUCGAAUCUCACCACCGCAAGCACCGCCGUUCAUCUUCUUCCUCCGACGAAACCGAUAAAUCAUCGAAGCGGCACAAGCACCGUCACCACAAGCAUCAUCACCGCAGGCAUCAUCGCCAUCACCGUGAUAAGAAGCGCGGCGAUGAAAUUCCAGCCGCCGGCGAUGAGACAGAGGCGAUGGAUGUUACGGAGGCGGAUCCGAGUGGAGUUAGUAACGGCCGUGAGGAGGAUGUGGAGGAAGGGGAGAUUCUAGAAGAAGGAGGGCGCGGCGAUGUUUUGAUGAAGACGGCAGAUUCCGACGGCGAGUCAGGCGAAAUAAAAUCCGAUCAAUUUCAAGAUAAUGAUUUGGUCUGUUCUUAUCCCUCUUUUUUAAAGUCUUUCUUCUAAAUUAUGUUUGGAUGGUGAAUUUAGAGAAGGGAUGGUGAAAUCAAAUCAUAUAUGAAGCUGAAUUAAUGAUAAAGCUUUGGUCUUUGAGAGUUUCUUUAGAUAACCUGAGUGUUGCACUAGGCGUUCAAUGGAGACUGAUGGCUUUCCCUUGAUUUCCUCCCCUGGCGAAAAAAGGGCGUCAAGGAGAAGAUGUGAGUUCUAAUGGUGUUUUAACUCGUGAAUCUGAAAGGGAGGAUAAGAGGUUGUGUAAAGAAGCUGGAGAUCCUUCAGAGAGAGUUAGUAAAAGAAGGUAUGCGAAUGGCAGGAGCUCAUUUUCUCCAGAAAGCUCUGAAGAGAAGCAUAGGAGCAGAAACAGGUCUCUGUCAAACAGUAGGCAGUCUAACGAAGUCCGUGCUCGGAGUAGAUCUAGGUCACAUGAUAGGGAGAGGGAAAUUUCAAGAUCAAGGAUUGUUGCGGAGGAUGAGUUUUCGGACAGAGGAAGACAUCAUGAUUCUAGUAGGGAUUAUCAUCAUGACAGAGUUGAAUCAGGUAGGACUGAGGAAAGAUAUCAUCGACGUGGGCGAUAUGAGGAAAAUGACAGACAAUAUAGUCGAGACGUGUUGGAUAGAGAAAGAAGUAAGGAGAAAGAUAUGGACAGGGACGGAAGCAUAAGAGAUAGGGAUUCAGAAGGAAGUAAGCGAAGAGAGAGAGAUAGUGAUCGAAGGAGGGAAAGAGAGCAAGAGAAGAGGAGGGAUAUAGAGGUUGACCAUGAAAGGCGAAAAGAGAAGGAACGAGAGCGCAGCAUUGAUAGGAGAAGGGAGAGGGAAGGAGAUUAUUUACGAGAUAGAGACAAUGAAAGAGGUAGGAGUAGAGAUAGAACCAGGUAUAACAGCAGAGAGCGUAAGAGGGAAAGGGAUAGUGAAAAAGGAAGAGAAAUCCAGACUGAUAGGGAGAAGUAUAGAAGUAGUGAUGUGGACUACAGUGAGAUGAGGCACGGACAGUCUAGACAAUCAAGAUAUGAUGCAACAGAUGACUUAGAAAUGAGAAGGCCAAAUUCCUUGAAGGCCCAUAAUUCUAAGGAUGAUAAGUCAGAAGAGACGUGGGGAAAUGAUGAAAGGUCCCGAAAUGAGGAUGGCCAAGAUAAUGACGAAGGAGUUGUUUGGAAAACUCCAGAGGAGGAAGAAGAAGAACUAAAUAGAAUCAAGGAGGAGAGCAGGAAGCGAAUGCAAGCCAUACUGGAGAAACAUAAGAAGAAGCCUGAGCAGCAAAAUGAACUUUUCUCUCAGGAUAAGCCGAAAGAUGUCGUUCAGGAAGCUGCCCAAGAGUCGGCUUCUUCUGCAGUUGUCAUAGCAGCUAAUGUUGGUCAAGCGAAACCUAACAUUGAUGCUGAUGAUGACAAGGCAUCAUUAAUGGCUCCAGCAGGGCUUGGUGAAGGUAGCCCAAAGAGUGAAAGAUCAGCUGACAUGUUCCAUGAUGAUAUCUUUGGAGAGUCUCCAGCUGGUAUUCGGAAAGUGGGAGGGAAAGGUGACGGUGUUCCCAUGGUGAGGAGCGGGCUUCAUGAUAAUUGGGAUGAUGCAGAGGGUUAUUACAGCUAUCAGUUUGGCGAGUUAUUGGAUGGUAGAUAUGAAGUCAUUGCUACUCAUGGAAAAGGUGUCUUCUCUACUGUGGUUCGUGCAAAAGAUUUGAAAGCUGGACCUGCUGAACCUGAAGAAGUGGCAAUAAAAAUUAUUCGUAACAACGAGACGAUGCAUAAAGCUGGCAAGAUUGAGGUUCAGAUUUUGAAGAAGCUGGCUGGCGCUGACCGAGAUGACAGGCGCCACUGCGUUCGUUUUCUUUCAACCUUCAAGUAUCGCAAUCACCUUUGCUUGGUGUUUGAGUCUCUCCAUUUGAAUCUUCGUGAGGUCUUGAAGAAGUUUGGCCGCAACAUUGGUCUUCAACUAUCUGCUGUUAGGUCGUAUUCGAAGCAGCUAUUCAUUGCCCUUAAACAUCUGAAGAAUUGUGGGGUUCUUCACUGCGAUAUAAAACCUGACAACAUGCUGGUCAAUGAGGGAAAAAACGUGUUGAAGCUUUGUGACUUUGGUAAUGCAAUGUUUGCUGGUAAAAACGAAGUUACACCGUAUCUUGUUAGUCGAUUUUACAGAUCCCCUGAAAUCAUUCUGGGGCUCGCCUAUGACCAUCCGUUGGAUAUAUGGUCUGUUGGCUGCUGUCUGUAUGAGCUUUAUAGCGGGAAAGUUCUUUUCCCUGGCGCCACAAACAAUGAUAUGUUACGCCUUCAUAUGGAACUGAAAGGUCCCUUCCCUAAAAAAAUGCUUCGCAAGGGAGCAUUUAUUGAUCAGCACUUUGAUCAUGACUUGAACUUUUAUGCUACAGAGGAAGACACCGUCAGUGGAAAGCUGAUGAAGAGAAUGAUCGUAAAUGUGAAGCCGAAAGAUUUUGGUUCAAUCAUUAAAGGUUACCCUGGUGAGGAUCCCAAGAUGUUGGCUCAUUUCAGGGAUCUCUUGGACAAAAUCUUCAUCCUUGAUCCCGAAAGGAGACUGACUGUGUCACAGGCAUUAGCUCACCCAUUCAUCACUGGCAAGUGAAACUACGUUGCCAUUUUCUCUGUUAUAUCAGGAAAUGCUGUUGUCCUAGAUAUCUAUCUGUACAUUAUACAUCUUAAUUUUUAAUUUUAAGGUUUCUAAUCUUUGAAUUGUCUCUACCUACCUUCUGCUGCCUGAGAAAGCUUUGGUUACAAUGUCGACAUGGGUGGAGUUCUCAUUACCGACGAUUCUCAGGGGACUUUACUGGUUCUCUAUUGACAUCUACCAAUGCUUAGAGACAGUCCUAACAUCUUUCAAUGCUUAAAAGGCACACAGGAGAAGGUUUUGCUUGGAGGAGAGAGAGCUGCAAAAGAAAAACAUACGAAGGGUCCUUACUCUCUCCUCCUGCUAGUUUGGUAAGUAUCUCGAACUUUGUGGCCAAUUUGAGUUGCUAUGGUUGUUCUUUUUUGUUUAUUGUGCGGGUAGAAGUCAUUACGUGUCUAUUAGCACUAAAGUUUUCUUUUGGCUGCCAAGGUUGUUUAGACUAAAUAGUGCUUUAGAACUCCUCUCUCUGGAUUUGCGAGUAGUUUUCGUUGCGCAUAUAGUCUCUUGACUUUUCCCUUUAGGAACAUAAAAGCUUUGUCAAAGUAGACUUUGCAAAUAUAUUUUGUAGGUUUAAUGAUUUGUGUGGGAAGAAAACUAACAUUUGUGAUGUAUCACUUGUGAUAUUAGUAGGGAAUAUAUCUAUUGAUUAGUUU